AUGAUUUCAUUUAAAUUUCAUUCAACAUUGUUUACAUUCUCCCUCUUCAUUGCUUUGGAUAUUUUCUCUUUUUCUUUCAUUGUUUUGGAUAUUUUCUUUCUUUUCUUUUUUUUUUCAUUGUUUUCUAUAUUUUCUCUCUUCAUUGCUUUGGAUAUUUUCUUUCUUUUUUUUUCAUUGUUUUCUAUAUUUUCUCUCUUCAUUGCUUUGGAUAUUUUCUUUCUUUUUUUUUUUUUUCAUUGUUUUCUAUAUUUUCUCUCUUCAUUGCUUUGGAUAUUUUCUUUCUUUUUUUUUCAUUGUUUUCUAUAUUUUCUCUCUUCAUUGCUUUGGAUAUUUUCUUUCUUUUUUUUUUCAUUGUUUUCUAUAUUUUCUCUCUUCAUUGCUUUGGAUAUAUUCUUUCUUUUUUUUUUUGUUUUUUUAUUUUUCUCUCUUCAUUGCUUUGGAUAUUUUCUUUCUUUUUUUUUUCAUUGUUUUCUAUAUUUUCUCUCUUCAUUGCUUUGGAUAUAUUCUUUCUUUUUUUUUUCUUUGUUUUCUAUAUUUUUCUCUCUUCAUUGCUUUGGAUAUUUUCUUUCUUUUUUUUUUUUCAUUGUUUUCUAUAUUUUCUCUCUUCAUUGCUUUGGAUAUUUUCUUUCUUUUUUUUAA